ACAAAUUACUUUUAAUGUAAAUCUGUGUCAAGGAAAAUGGCCGCCAUUUCGGGGAGUGAGAUGGAAAAUCUGUCGGAUGAAACAUUUCAGUUAUUAUGUUCACCCUGUAAACGCAAGGGGAGGAAUAAAGAAGCGGACAAAUACUGUACCGACUGUCAUGAUUAUUACUGCUCAGAGUGUGUGAAAUUCCAUGAGGAUAUCCCAGCCCUUUCCGGACAUAAUAUCCUUGAUAAAAGUCAGGUUAAACAAGAAACAAGGGUAGGUUUACCUGUAGCACCAACGGAAAAAUGCGAGAGACAUAGGUUUAAACCUGUUGACAUGUAUUGUCGAAAUCAUGAUGACGUUGGUUGUUCAACGUGUAUGGCAGUAGAUCACAGGUCAUGCAACGAUAUCUUCGAUGUUCCAGAGUUUGUUCAAAUAAACCAAUCACAAGCACAGACAAAGAAACCACUUGCAGAUCUAUCCGUAGAAAACGCCAAUUUGAAGAAAAUGCUAGAAACUCGUAUAAAUGAAAGGGAGAGUUUGAUGAACGACAAACAAAAGGCAUUGCUAAAAUUGAAAGAUUUCAGAAGGGAAAUUGAAAUGAAGCUGGAUAAGCAUGAGCAAACAAGUAUCGAACAAAUCGAGAGUAAAUAUAAUGUCAUUGAUGAGAAAAUAAAUGCUGAAAUAAAGGUCUUAGAAACUGUACAGAAAGAUGUUGAACAUGCUGAGGAUAGAAUGGUGUCAUGUGAUGAUGAUAAUAAUAUAUCCCAAGCAUUCGUCUCUUCUAAAAUCGGUAAACGAGCUAUUGGUGCUGCCAUAAAAUGUCGAGAAGAAAAAGCAACUGUAAAGCAUGUUAAAGAUUUCGAGUUCAAGAGAAAUGAAAAUAUAAUAAUCUGCCUGAAUGAAACGGAAAAUCUUGGUAAUAUAUGUCAAUCCAAUGAAAUCUACAAAGUAAAGAAGAAGAGAACAUUUAAUGUUAGACAUCAAUCUGACACACAAACAUGUUAUAUAUACAGUGCAUGUGAACUUGGUGAUGGGUCUAUAAUUCUUGCUGAUAACAAAAAUAAGAAUUUGAAACGUAUUGACAGUAAAUUCACUAACAAAGAUGUUUGUGAAUUACCACAAUCACCAUAUCAGAUUUGUACAGUCAAUACACAUGAUGUAGCUGCCAUAAGGUUCGGAGGAAAAACUAUAUAUUUUGUUUCUUUUGCCAAAGAGCCAAGACGCACUAAAGAAAUAAACAUUGAUCAUGAAAGUUAUGGUAUUGCGUACGCGGUGAACAAUUUAUACCUUGUUGAUUCUCGGAAAACUGUUUUCGUUUACGAUAUGAAUGGUACAAAGCUUAAACAAUUCACAAACGAUCAGACAGGGCAGCCUUUGUUUAAUGAUAUAUACAGCAUGACUGUAAGUACUGAUGGUAGCAGGAUCUAUGUUGCUGAUGCCACAUUUGCAAUUGUUGCUCUUAAAGAGGAUGGUACUCUACAAGGAAAGUAUAACUGUGAUGAACUCAGUCAUGUAAGACGCGUCUGUACUGCUGAAAAUGGGAAUAUUCUUGCCUGUGGAUAUGACAAUAAUUGCAUUUUACAGUUCACUAAGGAUGGGGAGAAGCUGGGAAAUGUUUUGUCCUCAGAUGAUACAAAAGUAGGAUGUCGAUCUAUAUUUUAUCAUCAUAAGAAUAAUGAGCUUGUAGUUGGUCGAUAUGAUGACAACAUGGACAUCUACGAACUCAUUUGAAAACAUUAGGUACUUGUGAUAGCCUGUAAAAUAUGUUGUAUUGUUAAAACUAUGUAUGCUAUGUAGACUGUUACAUCUGUUUACAUUUUGAAAGAAAGUACUUG